AAUAUGAAAAAGAAAAAGAGAGUAGAACGUUCUUUUUUGUUUUGAGGGAAGAGGAAGCAAAAGGGAACAAGAAGUUAGAGGCGAGAAAAAUGGGUUCAGCUAUAGUUGUUCCGACGAACAAUCUCGCUCUUCUUCUCUAAUGAGAGACGGCGAAGGAAUUCCUUAAAGAAGAAGAAAUGAGCGCGAGCCACCCUUCAGUUCACCCAGUGGAUGCGGUGCCUCCUCCGGCGACCGAUGCGGCGGCGGCGGCGGCGGAGGAGAAUCCGAUGCCGCGUGGACGGAUGAAGGACGUCCAGGGCAUGCCCGGCACUCCCUCCGGCCUCGCCUUGCGCCUCUUCCAGUUCGCUUUCUCCGCCGUCGCUCUCUCCGUCAUGGCCUCCACCUCCGACUUCCCUUCCGUCACCGCCUUCCGCUACCUUGUUGUUGCUUCGAGCUUGCAAAGCAUAUGGAGUCUGUCUCUUGCGAUUGUUGAUGUUUAUGCCAUUUUGGUUAAGCGAAGCCUUCGCAAUUUCAGAGUUGCCACCUUGUUUGCUGUCGGUGAUGGGAUCACUUCAACACUCAUAUUUUCUGCAGCUUGUGCAUCCGCUGGUAUCACAGUUCUCAUAGGCAAUGAUCUGAAUGACUGCACAGAAAACCACUGCACUAGGUUUCAGACAGCUACCGCUAUGGCUUUUCUGAGUUGGUUUGCUGGUUCGCCAUCGUUUCUUUUCAAUUUCUGGACACUGGCUUCCAAAUGAAAGUACUCAAAAGCUAUUCUGGUGCAGUCAUGUUGGCUUAAACCAAACAGGAAAACCAAUAGUUGGUAUACAAGAAUUGGCAUGAAAACUUGGAUUAAUUUGCCACACACUUAGUUGUGCUGGCAUUUGAAAGUGAACAAAAGAGUAUAUAAGGUCAGUGGGUUAAUACCCUUACCAUAAUGCCGUUGCCUCGUCUCUUUAACUUCUUCCUACUUUUAGGGCAGUAUAUGGGCGAUAGGCAAUUAUUUACAAUGUGUGGUAGGCUGAGUCAUAUCAAGGUGCUAGGCCUUGUUGCCCACCAAACGCAACCUUUUGUUAAGAGUCUUAAGACUUAAUCGCUAUUUUUUUCUAUAACAAUUCUUAACUAAUAUAUUAGCUGUCUCUGCAAGUAUGA